AUGGCAGUGACGCCACCGUCUCUUCUCCGGCAUCCGGACCCAUCGGCAUACUUUGGGACGGUGUCCAUGUACGCUGCCUGGGAGCACCGGGCCAUGAUGCAGAUUGUCCCGCUGGUCGCUCACCUGCCUGGCCACGAGGACAUUGCCCGCGUGGUCAUCCUCUUCAACGAGUGGUACCGCGCGUAUUUCCGCGUGGCGUAUCACACGGAGGCGUCUCUUCAAGAUGCAACUAGGAAGACCCUUGUGCUGGUCGCGGAGCUGAAGCUCGUCUUCCCCAAGCAGUCGUCGCAGUGGCGGCUGCCGAAGGUGCACCUUCUCCGGCACCUUCCGCACGCCAUCAGGAUGCAUGGCAUCCCGUCCGAGCAAUCGACCAACACCUACGAGGCCAUGCAUAAGCGAUGCUGCAAAUGGCCUGCACGGAACUCGAACUGGCGGGACGUGGGCAGAGACAUUGCAGUUCGCCACGCACGCAACGAGGCAAUCAGGGGCCUGGGUCGGGAAGAGGGGGGUAGGACGUACGAGACGGCCAUGCGCACGGCGGUGAAGCACAACACCCGGGUGCUGACCCGUCGUUCACGGCGCAUGGCGGUGGGGGAUGCGCAGGAUCCGGUCUGGGCGGAAUACUGCGCUGCGCUUGGCACCGUUGUGAUGGAUGGGGUCGCACGGGUGAUGCAGCGUGUGGGGAUCGCUGCGUCAGGCGUGCAGGUGCACACCGCGCUGGCGAUACCCCCCCAUGACCGCCUCCAGGGCCGCGGGCCAGGGCACAUGGUGAAGGCAGCGCCGGGUGAAGGGAAGUUCAGCUACGUGGCGAUUGAUGGGGGGGAAGGCGAGUGGUACGCACGGUGCCUCAUGCUCUUCCAUUUCAUGGACGACGAGGCAGCGCUUCACAGGCGCGCCGUGGUGCGGUACUUCGAUGAGCAUCCCGCUCCAUGCACUGUGACGGGAUGUGUGAGGCUCUUGCCAACGGAGGGAGAGGAUGAGUAUGCCGUUGUCGAGGUGGAGAGCAUUCUGUCCCUUGCCCACAUUGUCCCGUGUUUCACAGAGCCCCGUUUCUCGUUGGUGAAUCGGUUCCAGUUUGAUGAGUGA